UUUCGCGAUGGUUUACAAUCAGCUGCGGUCCUUCAGGGCACCUUUAAUAUGUGUUCUCGUCAUCCUCGUUCUCUUUCUGAUCUUCUGGUUAGUCGAAUUACCUCAGAAUAAUGGUGGCCCCCCGAGAAUUUCACCCCUGUCCCCGCCCCUGCAUCAAAAAGAAAUUGUCCAUCAUGGCAGCCUCCCAAAACUGGACGCCGAACAGGACCUGUCCCCUAAACCCGUAAGUUCGCAGGAGGAUCCGGAUCUGGAGUCCCUGCUGCGGGGCAACGAGGACGAGGGCUGGGCCCAGGGACCCAAGUGCGCCCCGUAUCCCCGUUUCGACGACCUGAAGUUUCCGAACCCGUCCUUCCAACUCACGCGGCACGGCAACCUGAGCUACUACCUGUACGGGGCAUACUACGAUCGGAGACCCAGGACUCCCGAGGUGAUGGUCCUCGUCAUGGUGACCACGUCCGAGGGUCCCUAUCCCGAGACCCAUUUGCAGGUCUGGUUCGAUGGAGACACUGUGCCGGAAACGUUGAGUUUACAUGAGACCAAAGUGGCCUGGUACACGGAUUGGGGCACUAAACCGGGUCUGGUAUAUCCCACAUUGCUGACCUUUCAACUGAAAUCUCCACGGAUCCCCCAGCUGGUGAGCCUGGUCUUUGGCCAUCCCUGUGCCGUUCCACAAAAUGCUCUAAAAGUGGUCCAACCCCCCGCCGAAGAGCCACCCAAUCCAAAUCGUUCCCUGAGAACUGGAAUUUGUGUCAAGUAUCUGCGUUUUCCGGAUGUUGAUAUAUCCGAGAGAUUGGUAGAAUGGCUGGAACUGAUGAGAUUACUGGGAGUGGGCAGGGUUAUGGCCUAUGAUAUAGGGGAACUGAUGCCGAACACCUCAAGAACCCUGACGCACUACUCAGGAUCUCGGGAUGGACUGCUGGAUCUCAGAAAAUUCGAGUUUAUCCAAGAGACCAAGGACCAUCAGAGAUUCCAGCAGAUCAUCACCGAAGUGCUGCUCUAUAACGACUGUUUCUAUCGCAGUCUAUAUGAUUUUGACUUUGUGGCCAUGAUGGAUGUGGACGAGGUGAUCAUGCCGCUGGGCAAGUAUCUCAGCUGGUCGGAUUUACUGAGGGAACUGCAGAUCAGGGAUGUGAAUUGCACUGCCCGCAGUAGCUAUUGCUUUCGGAAUGUGUACUUUCCCAAGGAACUGCCCGAGGAUUCCAGCAUUCCAAGUCCAUUCUAUAUGCUAAGGCAUGUAGUUCGAGUGGCGGAACAUCUGAAUCCCGCCAUGGCCAUCAAGUGCCUCCAUAGCACUGGUCAUGCCAGUGUGUUGCACAACCACUUUGCCCUCAAGUGGAUGGAUGCAUGUGGUCCCCACGAUGUUAGCCCUGAUCUUGGCCAGCUGCAGCACUAUCGGCAUGUGGAUGAUGUGAAAACCCUGGAUGAACCCACGCCCAAACGGGAUGACAAUAUCCGACGAUUCCAGCAGCAACUCAUCCACAACUCGAUGGCUGUCCAUCGACAGCUGGGCUGGGGAGCAGCAUAUUGAUUAUAUUUUAAUUGCUUUUUCGGUACAUUUAAGAGGCUUAAAUUGGCGGCCACGUGUCCAUCCGUCCACCGGGCUUUGUACGUGCCACCUUUUGACCCCGGGCCACGUCAGCAGGAUAAUAAUUGCUUAUUGCAGAGUGUGUGGCACAAAAGUUUGCUUUUUCCAUUUAGCUUAGCCGCAUCAGGGGCGUAGUUCCACUUUCGGUUUCGUUUUCAGUCCCGGGAUAGUGGCACAGGUGGUCAAAAAAAAAUAUGUGAGGGGGGCUUUUAAUAUAGUGGUCACCCAGGUCUUUACUAAAAAAUUAAGAGCUCAAAAAUAUGUGAAGGGGAGGCCUUACAUUAUAUGAUUAGUUAUCACUUAAGUCUUGGCUAAAAAAAUGAUUAACUAUUUUUUAGGAUAGUGGCACACAUGGUAAAAAAUGUGUAAGGGGAAUUUAU